AUAAAUUCCGUUUUGUUAUUUUUUGAGUACUACUCAAUGAGUAGCAUAGAUUAGUACAUUAUUUAUAUUUUUUCAAGCCUUUAGUGUUUCGCUUAGAAUGUGCUAGAACAAUGUGAACAAGCCGGAGCAACUAUAUAUUAAGGAUAAAGUGCAAUACUUACACAUACAACAAAAUACGAAUAAGGACGACGAUUUGUUAAAAAUAAACGGCGAGCGUAACACGAAUAUGGAUUUUGAAACUGGGGAGCACCAAUACCAAUACAAGGACAUUUUGUCCGUGUUUGAGGAUGCAUUCGUCGACAACUUCGACUGCAAGGAUGUCCAGGAUAUGCCGAAAUCAAUAUUGUCCAAGGAGGAAAUUGACCACAUCAUCAUGUCUAAGGAUGCAGUCAGCGGCACACUUCGCUUGUUUUGGACACUGCUCUCUAAACAGGAGGAAAUGGUCCAGAAAUUUGUGGAGGAAGUUCUCAGGAUCAACUACAAAUUCUUAAUGUCGCCAAUCAAGACUGAGCAACGGCAGCCCAGCAUGAUGACCAGGAUGUACAUCGAGCAGAGAGAUCGUCUGUACAACGACAACCAAGUAUUCGCCAAGUACAAUGUGAGCCGCCUGCAACCGUAUCUGAAGCUAAGGCAGGCUCUUCUAGAACUUCGCCCAGCGAAAAAUGUAUUGAUUGAUGGCGUCUUGGGAUCGGGAAAGACUUGGGUAGCCUUGGAUGUGUGCCUAUCGUACAAAGUGCAAUGCAAGAUGGACUUUAAGAUCUUCUGGCUUAACUUGAAGAACUGCAAUAGCCCGGAGACCGUGCUAGAGAUGCUGCAGAAAUUACUUUACCAGAUCGAUCCCAACUGGACAAGUCGUAGCGAUCAUAGCAGUAACAUAAAGCUUCGAAUCCACAGCAUUCAGGCGGAACUGCGACGACUGCUCAAGAGCAAGCCAUACGAGAAUUGUCUCCUUGUUCUGCUUAAUGUGCAAAAUGCCAAGGCUUGGAAUGCUUUCAACUUGAGCUGCAAGAUAUUGCUAACCACACGGUUCAAGCAGGUCACUGACUUUCUUUCGGCAGCUACCACAACUCAUAUUUCAUUGGAUCAUCAUUCGAUGACGCUUACGCCGGAUGAGGUUAAGUCUUUGCUUCUAAAGUACCUCGACUGUCGACCACAGGAUUUGCCCCGGGAAGUUUUGACAACGAAUCCCCGCAGACUAAGCAUUAUUGCUGAGAGCAUUCGGGAUGGUCUGGCGACCUGGGACAACUGGAAACAUGUAAACUGUGAUAAGCUGACGACCAUCAUUGAGAGCUCUCUAAACGUUCUGGAGCCCGCUGAAUAUAGAAAAAUGUUUGAUAGACUGUCAGUUUUCCCUCCAUCAGCCCACAUACCCACUAUUCUCCUAUCGUUGAUAUGGUUUGAUGUUAUCAAAUCCGAUGUAAUGGUAGUGGUUAACAAACUUCAUAAAUAUUCAUUGGUGGAGAAGCAACCAAAAGAGUCAACCAUAAGUAUACCCAGCAUAUACUUGGAGUUGAAAGUCAAGCUUGAAAACGAAUAUGCACUUCAUCGGAGUAUCGUAGAUCACUAUAAUAUCCCAAAAACAUUCGAUUCCGACGACUUGAUACCGCCUUACCUGGACCAAUACUUCUAUAGCCACAUCGGUCAUCAUCUAAAAAACAUUGAGCACCCCGAACGGAUGACUCUCUUUCGCAUGGUCUUUUUAGAUUUCCGUUUUCUAGAACAAAAGAUUCGGCACGAUUCAACUGCUUGGAAUGCCAGUGGAUCGAUCUUGAACACGCUACAGCAGCUGAAGUUCUACAAGCCAUAUAUUUGCGGUACGUAAAUUUCUGAAUCAUUUGAAACAAAAAAAAAAUGUAAUCUUUUUUUCAUGCAGACAAUGACCCAAAGUAUGAGCGCUUAGUCAACGCUAUUCUGGAUUUUUUGCCAAAGAUUGAGGAAAAUCUUAUUUGUUCAAAGUAUACGGACCUGCUUAGGAUUGCCCUGAUGGCCGAGGAUGAGGCGAUUUUUGAAGAAGCCCAUAAACAAGUGCAGCGCUUUGACGAUCGGGUUUGGUUUACUAACCACGGUCGUUUCCACCAGCACCGUCAGAUUAUAAACCUGGGUGAUAAUGAGGGGCGCCAUGCUGUCUACCUUCACAACGACUUUUGCUUGAUAGCGCUGGCCAGCGGGCAGAUCCUGCUAACCGAUGUUUCGCUGGAGGGAGAGGACACCUAUUUGCUAAGGGACGAGAGCGACAGCAGUGACAUUCUGCGUAUGGCGGUAUUUAACCAACAGAAGCACUUGAUCACCUUGCACUGCAACGGCAGCGUAAAACUUUGGUCCCUGUGGCCCGAUUGUCCAGGAAGGCGCCACAGUGGUGGUAGCAAGCAGCAGCUAGUCAAUAGCGUGGUUAAACGCUUUAUAGGGAGCUAUGCAAAUCUGAAAAUUGUUGCUUUCUAUUUAAAUGAAGACGCCGGAUUGCCAGAGGCCAACAUCCAACUGCAUGUGGCAUUCAUCAAUGGUGAUGUGAGUAUUUUGAAUUGGGACGAACAAGAUCAGGAGUUCAAACUGUCGCACGUGCCUGUUUUGAAAACGAUGCAGUCGGGAAUACGGUGUUUCGUUCAGGUUUUAAAGCGAUAUUACGUGGUCUGCACCUCAAAUUGCACACUUACUGUAUGGGAUUUGACCAACGGUUCCAGCAAUACGCUGGAACUACAUGUUUUUAAUGUCGAAAACGACACGCCGUUGGCCUUAGAUGUAUUUGACGAAAGGAGUAAGACCGCCACCGUGUUGCUGAUUUUUAAGUACAGCGUAUGGCGGCUCAAUUUUUUGCCAGGUCUUUCGGUUAGUUUGCAAUCGGAGGCAGUGCAACUGCCAGAAGGAAGUUUCAUCACCUGCGGAAAGCGUUCGACUGACGGACGUUACCUACUGCUGGGCACGUCCGAGGGACUUAUUGUGUAUGAUCUGAAAAUCUCUGAUCCCGUGCUACGCAGCAAUGUCAGCGAACAUAUAGAGUGUGUGGAUAUAUACGAGCUGUUUGAUCCUGUCUAUAAGUACAUUGUUUUGUGCGGCGCUAAGGGAAAACAGGUGGUCCAUGUGCACACAUUGCGCUCUGUAAGCGGCUCGAAUUCACAUCAAAACAGGGAAAUCGCCUGGGUUCACAGUGCAGAUGAGAUAAGCGUGAUGACAAAGGCUUGCUUGGAGCCUAAUGUCUAUCUGCGUUCUCUGAUGGACAUGACCAGAGAGCGGACGCAACUUCUGGCUGUGGACUCCAAGGAGCGCAUUCACCUAAUUAAACCGGCCAUUUCUAGAAUUUCCGAAUGGUCCACAAUCACACCCACUCAUGCUGCCAGUAACUGUAAGAUAAAUGCCAUAUCCGCCUUUAACGACGAACAGAUUUUCGUUGGCUAUGUGGACGGAGUGAUAAUAGAUGUUAUUCAUGAUACAGCGCUACCUCAGCAGUUUAUAGAGGAGCCCAUUGAUUACCUCAAACAGGUCAGUCCCAACAUUCUGGUGGCGUCGGCACACAGUGCCCAGAAGACUGUGAUAUUCCAGCUGGAAAAGAUAGAUCCGCUGCAACCCAAUGACCAGUGGCCAUUGAUGAUGGAUGUUAGUACCAAGUACGCGUCCUUGCAGGAAGGACAGUAUAUCAUUUUGUUUUCCGACCACGGAGUCUGUCAUCUGGAUAUAGCUAACCCAUCUGCAUUCGUGAAACCAAAGGAUUCGGAGGAAUACAUUGUCGGCUUUGAUCUAAAGAACAGUCUUCUCUUUCUGGCCUACGAAAACAACAUCAUCGAUGUAUUCCGUUUAAUAUUCAGCUGUAACCAACUAAGGUACGAACAGAUUUGCGAAGAAGAGAUCGCCCAGAAGGCCAAGAUCAGCUAUUUGGUAGCCACGGAUGAUGGUACCAUGUUGGCUAUGGGUUUCGAAAAUGGCACUUUAGAGCUCUUUGCCGUUGAAAACAGAAAAGUUCAACUGAUCUACAGCAUUGAAGAGGUCCACGAGCACUGCAUCCGGCAAUUGCUAUUCUCGCCAUGUAAGUUGCUCCUGAUCAGCUGCGCGGAGCAGCUGUGCUUCUGGAAUGUGACGCACAUGCGCAACAAUCAAUUGGAGCGCGAGCAAAAACGGCGGCGCAGUCGACGCCAUAAGCAGCACAGUGUUACACAAGAGGAUGCUGUGGAUGCGGCGCCCAUUGCAGCGGACAUCGAUGUAGAUGUGACAUUCGUUGCCGACGAGUUUCAUCCGGUGAACCGAGGGACUGCGGAACUGUGGCGGAAUAAGCGCGGCAAUGCCAUCCGUCCGGAACUCCUGGCCUGCGUUAAAUUUGUGGGAAAUGAAGCUCGUCAGUUCUUCACAGACGCCCACUUCUCCCACUUUUAUGCCAUAGAUGACGAGGGUGUCUACUACCAUCUGCAGUUGCUGGAGUUAAGCAGACUUCAACCUCCACCUGACCCAGUUACGUUGGAUAUUGCCAAUCAGUAUGAAGACUUAAAAAAUCUUCGAAUUCUCGACAGCCCACUUAUGCAGGAUUCGGAUAGCGAGGGUGCUGAUGUAGUUGGCAACCUGGUUCUGGAGAAGAACGGCGGAGUGGCGAGGGCGACACCAAUUCUGGAGGAGGCCAGUUCAUGACGCCAGAAGUGCGUCCCUAGGCGGCGCACGAAACAGGAAAGUCCAAACUACAACAUGGCAUUUAUAGGAUUACUGCUCUACUACCUGAUGGUUUUGCUCUUCUACCUCCUGGGUCCGGAUUUGUCCUAGGCAAACAUUAGUUGUUGGCGCUUACAUUUGCGAAUGUAUGCAGCUAACCAAGUAUGAUAUCUCAGAGGGCGGUGGGUGCGUUGCCCUGCCUUUGUUUGUCAACGCGAGUAACCGCCACCAAAUAAACGACAUUUCACGAAAAACAC